AUGGACCAGCAGAAACCGAGCUUUCUUCCGCCCAAGACAGCAUCAAUUCCGCCUAAUAACCCAGAAUCAUACCUGACGAGAGUCGUUUCCUACACCUCAUGGCCACACACCUCCCCUAAUGCCUCAGCGAUGGCCAAAGCUGGAUUUCAUCAACAGCAACACUCUCAACGCCGAGACCUAACUACAUGCUCCACUUGUGGCCUUAAACUCUCAGAGUGGGAAUGCAGUGAUGAUCCUCUUGAUGAACAUGUACGACGCUCACCUGCAUGCCCUUUUCUACAAACUCUUCGAGUUGUGAAACCCGCCUUAACACCGGCGCAAACAACACCGAUCCCGAGCUCAGCACCUCCCAAAGUCAGUCUGGCAUCAGGUGCUCUGAUCCGGGCGUCCGCUACAUCAACAGCAGCUGCUGAGACCUCAAUAUCGACCCGCGCAACUAUGCCCCGGCUAGCAUAUCCGCCUCCGCCAGCAUUUCACCCGCCACACCACCACAUGUUGAAUUCAAACUCUGAUAGAAAGGCCGAAAAUGCGCUCGCACAGGCUGAUUCACCGGGCGAGUCAAAGGGGGAAGCCGUGCUGGACGUGGAGGGUUGGGUGGAGCUUGGGUUUGACGGGGAAGAGAAGGACGACUGGGUCAAAGUCUGA